AAGCGUCGCGAGGAGCCGCCCUGCGGGAAGGAGCCGAAGAGGAGUCGGCGGCACAAAAUGGCGGCGGCGGCGCCCGGGACUCCGGGGUCGGCGGCCCCUGCGGCAGCGGCGGCGGCCGGCGGCCCGGGCUCGGGGGGCGCAGUCCCCGGGUCGCAGGGGGUGCUGAUCGGGGACAGGCUGUACUCCGGGGUGCUCAUCACCUUGGAGAACUGCCUCCUGCCGGACGACAAGCUGCGCUUCACGCCGUCCAUGUCAAGCGGCCUCGACACCGACACGGAGACCGACCUCCGCGUGGUGGGCUGCGAGCUCAUUCAGGCUGCGGGCAUCCUGCUCCGCCUGCCACAGGUGGCCAUGGCGACCGGACAGGUGCUGUUCCAGCGGUUCUUCUACACCAAGUCCUUCGUGAAGCAUUCCAUGGAGCACGUGUCCAUGGCCUGCGUCCACCUGGCCUCCAAGAUAGAAGAGGCGCCCAGACGGAUACGGGACGUCAUCAACGUGUUCCAUCGCCUGCGACACCUGAGGGAGAAAAAGAAACCGGUGCCUCUAGUACUGGAUCAAGACUAUGUUAACUUAAAGAAUCAAAUUAUAAAAGCGGAAAGACGAGUUCUCAAAGAGCUGGGGUUUUGCGUCCACGUGAAGCAUCCUCACAAGAUAAUCGUUAUGUACCUUCAGGUGUUAGAGUGUGAGCGUAACCAACACCUGGUCCAGACCUCAUGGAACUACAUGAACGACAGCCUCCGCACUGACGUCUUCGUGCGGUUCCAGCCUGAGAGCAUUGCCUGCGCCUGCAUCUAUCUCGCCGCCCGGACGCUGGAGAUCCCUUUGCCCAAUCGUCCCCACUGGUUUCUUUUGUUUGGAGCAACUGAAGAAGAAAUUCAAGAAAUCUGCUUAAAAAUCCUGCAGCUUUAUACUCGGAAGAAGGUUGACCUGACGCACUUGGAGAGUGAGGUGGAAAAGAGAAAGCUCGCCAUGGAGGCGGCGAAGGCACAGGCGCGGGGCCUGCCGCCAGGGGGCGCGCAAUUGCUGGACGGCCCCGCGGGCUUCUCCCCGGCCUCCAAGCUGGUAGAAUCACCCAAAGAUGGGAAAGGAAACAAGCCUUCCCCGCUGUCCGGGAAGAAUGCCCAGAGGACAGUGGAGGGUGUGAGGAAAGCUGAGGCAGACGGCCCUGUGAACGGCUUGUCCAAGGCAGCAGGGAGUCAGAGCCGGAGCAGGAGCCGUGAGCAGAGCUGCUCGAGGUCCCCGUCGCGGUCUGCUUCUCCUAAGAGGAGGAAGAGUGACAGCGGCUCAACGUCUGGCGGGUCCAAGUCACAGAGCCGCUCGCGGAGCCGGAGUGACUCCCCACCGAGACAGCCGCAUCGAGGCGCUCCCUACAAAGGCUCUGAGAGGAGGGGCUCUCGGAAGUCCAAGGACUGCAAGUACCCCACCCAGAGGCCACACAGGUCUCGGAGCCAGAGCUCCUCCCGGUCUAGAAGCCAGUCACGGGAGCGGGUGGGUAAUUCUGGAAAAUACAAGAAGAAAAGUCAUUACUACAGAGAUCAGCGACGGGAGCGUUCGCGGUCAUACGAGCGCACUGGCCAUCGCUAUGAGCGGGACCACCCUGGGCACAGUAGGCAUCGGAGGUGAGGUGGGGCCCCAAGUGACUGGCUGGCCUCAGACUCCUUCUCAGAGGGUGUCUGGGGGGCUGCCCUGCAACCCUCCUAUCUUGCACACCUUGGUGUGAGUGGCCCUGUGGUACAAUAUUUUGGAAAUGUUUUUUGACUCUGAACCUUGAGAUGAAUUUGGAAAUGGAACUGAGGAGAUGGCAGGUGCCCCUCAGGCUGGCCUGGGGCUCAGGGCGCUCCUGUCCCAGUGCAGGGCACCCCCAGCAGCAGCCUGCGGGCAGCUCAGUGGAACAGGAGGUGUGCGUGUCCCUGCUGGCUGGCGUGGUGCUAUGGACAGCUGUCUCUUCGCUCCCGUCCCCAAGCUCGAUUAUGUCAAGUCAAGAGAGAUGAGUGUUAGACCUCCGCCUACAUUAGGUCGUACUUGUGUGUAUCUCGCAGUGUCUCACGAUGAGGAAAUGGCCUUAACAGCCCCUUAUUCUCUGUCCACGGUGUAAAUAAACACGUGUUUAAUGCAAGUUAAAGCUACAUAUGAAAACUCAGAACUUGAAUUCUGUCAGCUUAAAACUUGUUUAGAGAAAUUCUGAUUUUUAAAAUGUGAAGGUAUUUAGAUCUGUGUUGAAAGUCGUCUAUUUUUAUCUGUGCAAUGCUGAGUGCAGGCCACCAGCUCCCAAAUAGAGAAGUUUCCUAUACAUGCAAUUUGUGUGCUUGAAUAAACACGGUUCUCUCUGCUCAGGA